AUGCCGGGAAGAUUACUUGCAGAAAAUGUUGUCCUUGCGACAGAGAUAGUUCAAGAUUACAAUCGUAAGAACAUUAGUGAAAGAGCUAUGCUCAAAGUGGACAUCAGAAAAGCUUUUGACUCAGUGAAUUGGUCCUUCAUUCUUUCAUCUCUAAGAGCCAUUGGAAUACCAGAGAGUGGCUUCUUCACCAGUUCAAAGGGUCUUCGCCAGGGCGACCCGAUUUCUCCGUACCUUUUUGUGCUUGGCAUGGAGGUUUUCUCGAGGCUCCUUCAAUCUCGAUUUGAACAAGGCUAUAUCAAAUAUCAUCCAAAAACAUCAGGUUUGGUUCUUUCCCACUUGAUGCUUGCUGACGAUAUUAUGAUUUUCUUUGAUGGAUCUGAAGCCUCUCUCAAUGGUAUAAAUGAAGCACUUGAUGAUUUCGCUUCUUGGUCGGGUUUGCAUAUGAGUAGAGAGAAAACUCAAUUGUUCCAUACGGGGUUAGACCAGGACCAGAUCUCAGCGAUAUCCAGACAUGGAUUUCCAGUGGCUUCUCUUCCAAUUUGUUACCUUGGUCUUCCCCUUAUGCAUAGAAAGCUGAAAAUAGCUGAGUAUCAGCCUCUUUUGGACCAAAUCACCCGCAGAUUUAAUGGUUGGGCUGUGAAGACCUUAUCCUAUGUCGGGCGAUGUCAGUUGAUUGCCUCUAUCAUUUCUGGCACCGUCAACUUCUGGAUCUCAGUCUUUAUCCUCCCAAAAGGCUGUCUCAAAAAGAUUGAGUCUCUUUGCUCUAGAUUCCUCUGGUCUGGAAGGAUAGAUGGAAGUAGGAGUGCAAAAGUUGUUUGGGAAACAGUGUGUCUCCCCAAGAAAGAAGGGGGCUUGGGUUUGAGAAGAUUCUCCCGUUGGAAUACCACCCUUUGCCUCAGAUUCAUUUGGCUGCUAUUCUCGGACUCGGAUUCCCUUUUGUCACGGUGGCACAAGUUCCAUAAUAUCAAGAGCAACAGCUUCUGGGAGGUGAAGGAAGCGUCAUCGGACUCCUGGCUGUGGAGAUCAUUCCUCCGGUUACGGCCUCUAGCAGAGAAGUUUAUUAAGGUCAUUGUGGGCGAUGGUCGUUCAGCUAGCUUUUGGUUUGACUCGUGGACCCCUUUUGGAUCUUUGAUAAAGUUUAUUGGUCCUUCUGGGCGUCUCAACUUCAAGUCCCCCUCACCAAAAAGAUAA